UGAAUGGAUGGAUGGAUGAAAGGAUGGAUGGAUGGAUGCCAUUGUUGUCCAUAUACUCCACACAGAGCCAGCCUGAGUCUCCUUCUCUAUCACCUCUUACUGCUCACCCCCACCUCCGGCUGUCACUGGGCUUUCCUAAAAGUGCCCAUGAAGUCUUCAGAUUGUCAGUUUGGGUCCUCCUGGGGCAACAGUUAGCACUAGCCCUCUCUCUAGCCACCUCCCUGCACUGAACCUUGAAUUGAUACAGUGGGUGUGACUCUCAGGAAAUUGCUCAUUAUUUGCCAUUAGUGCCUGAGAGUGCGUGCCUUCCUAUUAUCCAUAUCUUUCUAUAUUCAUAGUCCUCCUUCUCUCCUCCCUCCCUCUUCCCUUCCUCCUUUCUUCCCCCUCUCCUGGGAACUGGUUCAACCAGAGUACAACCUGCUCAUCUACCUCUGUCUGGCGCUGAAGCAGCUGCAGGAGCUGGGACGUGCAGAGCUGCGGAGCUGAGGCUAGAGAGGCCAGGCUGGCGCAGUGCGGGGUGCCGAGGGCGAGCAAUCGGCCCAGCUACCUCCCCGAGGCCCAUGCGGGGCCAGUGCCGCCGGCUGCUCCUUCAUGAGGCCGCCGUGGUGCGGGAGGAGGACUCGCGGCAUCCCGCUGGGGCUGCUGGCGCUCUGGGUGGCCGCCGCCCGCUGUUUGCAGAGUCAGGGUGUGUCUCUGCACAUCCCACGGUCAGCCAUCAAUGCCACUGUCCAAGAAGACAUCCUGCUGUCCGUGGACUACUCCUGCCACGGCGUGCCCACUAUUGAGUGGAAGUACACCUCAAACUGGGGUGUGCAGAAGAUUGUGGAGUGGAAACCCGGGACCCCAGCCAAUGUCUCCCAAAGCCACAGAGACAGAGUCUGCACCUUCGACAACGGCUCCAUCCAGCUUUUCAGUGUAGGCGUGAGGGAUUCUGGCUACUACGUCAUCACUGUCACAGAGCACCCGGGGAGCAGGCAGUUUGGCACAAUCGUACUGCAUGUGUCUGAGAUCCGCUAUGAAGACCUCCACUUUGUCGCUGUCUUCUUCGCUCUGCUCGCCGCUGUGGCUGCGGUGCUCAUCAGCCUCAUGUGGGUCUGCAAUCGGUGUGCCUACAAAUUCCAAAGGAAGAGAAGACACAAGCUCCAAGAAAGCACCACUGAGGAGCUUGAAAUGAAAGACGUCGAGUGUUAGCCAAGACCAUGCCCAACUACACUGCUACCUCAAGAAAAACAGUGUUUUCCAGUCUAAGAACAAAGUGAGCCGAUCCUUGCGGCAGCCUCUCGCCAUCCUGGCCUGCACCCCUUUCCUGACGGGAACAGCUGAGGUGGCAGUUCACUACAGACAGCCAGCUCUAGGACUUGUGUGUAGUUCAAGGAACAGUUCAACUGAGGCUUUCUGCCAGGAGCUUUCCUUGGCUGCAGCUUCAGGGCCAUGCUGAUUCUUAACCAGGCAGGCAUCAGUAGCUGCUUACAGCACUGGCUAUGAUCCCAGGCUGGCCUGAUGGACGAGUCCCUGUCUCCAGGGCCAGAGUGUCUACAGAGGGGCUGAUGUGCGGCCAGCACUAGGACAUGCUCUCUGUGCCUUUGUGCUCCUGUCUGGUCUGCAAACUGCUGCACCCUCCAUCUCCCUGUCUUCCGUCCCAUAAACACUGCUGUGGAGACAGCGUGAGCAAGCCUGAGGCCCUGAGACAGUCUGAUGAGGUGGAGUGCGCUGCGCCUCAGCAAGCGAAGCUGAGCGCACUGAGGAAACAGAAGGUAGUGUUCUCAUCCUCCCUCAUACAAAAUUAAUCAGGUGGCCUAAACUUGGGUUUAGUGUGAGGAAAACACGGCAGCUGGAUGGGUGGUAUAACAGGAAAAAUCCAUAAUGUCAGGCUUCAUUCAGCUACAGCCUAGUCAUCACCAACUCUCGUCUCCAGUCAGAUCCAGGACUGAAGAGUGUGUGGCCUUCACCUACCUCACAGGGCAUGAGGGGAAGCCAGCAUUAGCCUAGAUCUCUUUGAAUGAUGGAGAAAAGCAUGAGAAUCCUUGAAGAAUCUGGAAAGCUAUAUGGGAAAGUGCUGUAUUGAGUAGCAAAGGUUAAAAUGCCCCGGGAUGGAGCUAGAGAGAAGGUUCAGCAGCUAAGAGCACUGGCUGUUCUUGCUGAGGGCCCAGAUUCAGUUCUGAGC